CUUACCAGCACUUCGCGACAAUAGAGUUCGCGUUUGGAAGGGCUAAACUGGUUUUCAUCACUUCCUCUGCGGAGGUGGGACUUCCGGUCUCCAGAUACUUCCGCCUAGAGCCGAAAGCUUCGUCGCUGAGUGCGUGAGGGCCUCUGGGUGCUGACAGACCGGCAGAGGGAAGAUCUCCUAUUGUGGAUUCCUGCUAUCUUAUAAUGAGUGACAUUUUGCCAUUAGAUGUCAUUGGUAGAAGAGUUGAAGUUAAUGGAGAAUAUGCAACAGUGCGCUUUUGUGGUGCUGUGCCUCCUGUGGCAGGACUCUGGUUAGGAGUUGAGUGGGACAAUCCUGAGAGAGGAAAGCAUGACGGGAGCCACGAAGGUACUAUGUAUUUUAAAUGCAGGCACCCAACAGGAGGCUCUUUUGUUCGUCCAAGCAAAGUUAAUUUCGGAGACGACUUCCUUACUGCCCUUAAGAAGCGCUAUGUGCUCGAAGAUGGACCUGAUGAUGAUGAAAAUUCGUGUUCCUUAAAAGUUGGAAGUAAACAAGUACAAACUAUUGGUUUUGAACAUAUUACAAAGAAGCAGAGUCAACUGAGAGCACUGCAGGACAUUUCGCUCUGGAACUGUGCUGUGAGCCGUGCUGGUGAACAAGGAAGAAUUGCUGAAGCCUGCCCCAAUAUUCGAGUUGUAAAUUUAUCCAAAAACCUGUUGUCAACUUGGGAUGAAGUGGUUCUUAUUGCAGAGCAGCUCAAAGACCUGGAGGCUCUUGAUCUCAGUGAAAAUAAACUGCAGUUCCCCUCUGGCUCACCAACUCUAACUAGAACAUUUUCUACUCUGAAGACCUUAGUCCUAAACAAAACAGGAAUAACGUGGACUGAGGUGCUGCACUGUGCUCCUUCAUGGCCAGUCCUCGAGGAACUUUACCUCAAGUCUAACAAUAUUUCCAUUUCUGAAAGGCCAGUGAAUGUCCUGCAGAAAAUGAGGUCACUAGACCUUUCCUCCAACCCGUCAAUUGAUGAGAGCCAGCUGAGCCUUAUAGCAGAUCUUCCAAGAUUAGAACACCUAGUCCUUUCUGACAUUGGACUUUCUUCUAUACAUUUUCCAGAUGCUGAAAUUGGAUGCAAAACAUCCAUGUUCCCGGCCUUGAAGUACCUCAUAGUCAAUGACAACCAGAUAUCAGAAUGGUCCUUUAUCAAUGAGCUGGAUAAACUGCAGAGCCUGCAGGCCCUAUCCUGCACUAGAAACCCUUUGAGCAAAGGAGACAAAGCAGAGGAGAUCAUCAUUGCCAAGAUUGGUCAGCUGAGGACCCUGAACAGGUGCCAGAUUCUUCCAGAGGAACGGCGUGGAGCUGAGCUAGAUUAUCGAAAAGCCUUUGGAAAGGAAUGGAGACAGGCUGGUGGACACCCAGAUCCAGACAAAAACAGGCCAAAUGCAGCCUUUCUGGCAGCCCAUCCUAGAUACCAGCUUCUCUGCUGCAAAUAUGGUGCACCUGAAGAUGAGGAGCUCAAAACACAGCAGCCAUUCAUGCUAAAAAACCAGCUACUAACCCUGAAGAUAAAAUGCUCAAAUCAACCUGAACAGCAAAUAUUAGAAAAACAGUUGCCAGACUCCAUGACAGUUCAAAAGGUAAAGGGACUGUUGUCACGUCUUCUCAAAGUUCCUGUGUCAGAACUUCUGUUGUCCUACGAAAGUUCCAAGAUGCCGGGCAGAGAAAUUGAACUAGAAAAUGACCUACAGCCAUUACAGUUUUAUUCUGUGGAAAAUGGAGAUUGCCUACUAGUGCGAUGGUAACAGUCCAACCGUAAGAGU